UAAGAAACAAAGAGAGAGAGAGUGAGAAGGAGAGUAUGACAUUGAAGAAUUAGCCCUAGACUGUUUGUAAGAGGAUGUGUAAUGUUUGUGGUCAAUUCGUGGGAUGUACUUUUGUUAUUCACUUCUGAAAAGGAGCAACAUUCUGGAAUAUAGAACAGCUACCCAAGGAGAUCAGCAGGUGGAGCGGUAUGGAUGCCCACCCUCCAGAGAACCUGUACCCAUACACCGUGUCCAGACCCAUCUACUCCAACCCCACGUUUGAGGAGGACAACGAGAGGCAGGCCCGGGAGGAGAGGACCCUGAGGGAGAGACUCAGCCGCACCUGUGGCUGCUCAGGUAGGCAGGCCCUGAAGGUUGUGAAAGGAGUCUUUCCUGUCAUUGACUGGCUCUCCAGAUACCCAAUAAGAGAGUGGCUUCCCAGCGAUGUAAUCUCUGGUGUUAGCACUGGUCUGGUGUGCAGCUUACAAGGCCUGGCCUAUGCCCUGCUUGUGUCCGUGGCUCCAGUCUAUGGACUCUACUCUGCCUUCUUCCCCAUCCUCACCUACUUCCUGCUGGGCACCUCCAGACACAUCUCUGUAGGUCCGUUCCCUGUCACCUGUCUCAUGGUGGGCUCCGUCGUGUUGACCCUCGCCCCCGAUGACCACUUCCUGCUUCCUGGGAAUGGCACCGGUGUGAAUGGAACAGAGGCUGAUGGGAUUGUGGUGGACGUGGAGGCCAUGGAGGCCCAGAGGAUCAUGGUGGCGUCCUCCAUGACUGUGCUGGUCGGGCUGUUCCAGGUGGUAAUGGGGCUGCUCCAGGUGGGCUUCUUGGUCCGUUACCUGUCAGACCCCCUGGUGGGCGGCUUCACCACGGCCGCUGCCUUCCACGUCCUCAUCUCCCAGCUGAAGAUAGUCCUCUCCGUCCCCACUAACAACCACAGCGGCUGCUUCUCCAUCCUCUACACGCUCAUCGACGUGUUUACCAACAUCCGACAGACCAACAGAGCUGACCUGGUGGCCGGGCUGCUCACCAUUGUCAUCGUCAUGGCCGUAAAAGAGGUCAACUCCAAAUUCCGGCACAAGAUUCCUGUCCCCAUCCCCAUCGAAGUGAUUGUGACUGUGGUUGCCGCUGGUAUCUCCUACGCCACCGAGCUGGAGUCGCGCUACGGUGCCAGCAUUGUGCACAGCAUCCCCAGGGGGUUUUCUCCAGCUCAGCCUCCCAACACAGAGCUGCUGUGGAACAUUCUGGGCUCCAGUUUCUCUACAGCGGUAGUGGGCUAUGCAGUAGCUGUCUCUGUGGCCAAGGUCUACGCUGCAAAACACGACUACACCAUCGAUGGCAAUCAGGAGCUGAUAGCGUUCGGGUUCAGUAAUGUGUUCUGUGGCUGCUUCUCCGGCUUUGUGGCAAGCACUGCACUGUCCCGCACCGCUGUACAGGAGAGCACCGGCGGCAAGAGUCAGGUGGCUGGUAUAAUCUCAGCUGUGAUGGUAAUGAUUGUGAUCCUGGCUCUCGGGAACCUCUUGGAACCCCUGCAGAAGUCAGUGCUGGCAGCCAUCGUCAUCGCCAACCUGAAGGGAAUGUUCAUGCAGGUGACAGAGGUGCCCACACUGUGGAGACAGAACAGAGCAGACUGUUUCAUCUGGCUGGCGACCUGCCUGGCUUCUGUGGUGUUGGGACUAGACGUGGGACUGCUGGCUGGCCUGGUGUUUGAGAUGGGAACUGUCGUGGUCCGGACACAGUUUCCUGCAUGCUCUACACUUGGAAACAUACCCGGCACAAACAUAUACAGGAACAUGAAAGACUACAAGAAUAUUACAGAAGUUCCCGGAAUUAAGAUUUUUAAGUGCAAUGCUCCCAUCUACUUUGCCAACAUUGACUACUUCAAAGAGCGAUUGAGAGUCACGGUGGGGUUUGACUCUGUCAGAGUGUUCAAGAAGAGGAAUAAGGCCCUCAAGAAGAUUCACAAACUCAUAAAGAAAGGGAAACUGAGGGCGACAGAGACCGGGGAGGUGGUAUCCGAGGUCUCCCUGGGUGUCGACAACAAGGGCUUCGAGAGCGAGCAGGACAGUGGGCGGGAGUCCGGACAGGUGGAGGACGGGGAUUGGCCUGUGCCAGAGGUGGAGGUCCGUGUGGAUUGGGCCUUGGAGCUACCAGUCAGGGUAUCGGUACCUAAGGUCCAGAUCCACAGCCUGGUACUGGACUUCUCAGCCGUGUCCUUCCUAGACGUGGUGGCAGUCAAGUCCCUCAGACUGGUCAUUAAAGAGUUCCUACGCAUCGGAGUCAAUGUCUACAUUGCAGGCUGUGACGAUGAAAUUGUACGGAAAAUGGAAGCCUUGUCCUUCUUCGAUGAGGAGGUGACACGAGAUCUCCUCUUUCUCUCUGUCCACGACGCCAUCCUCUUCAUCAAACUGGAGACAGCCAAUGGGAGCAUGCAGGAUGCCAUGGUUGAGGGGCUUUCUCUAAUGCAGGAUUGCAAGGAGCCACCGCCUUUCACUGAGGAAGAGGACCUGAUUGAGACCUAUGACAACCAGCAUAGAGCAAUCCAUGGACUCUCCAACUAACACAGAAACGCAGAAGAGCUGACCCUGUAUCUGUGUUCUCUGUGAACAGAGGAUCAACCAGCAUAAGUUAUUUUCCAUAAGGGACCACGGUCAAAUCAGGUGACACUGACGAUGGAUUUUCCCCAGACUACAGCUCAAACUCAGGGGAAGCUGCUCUUCGCCAACUGAGUAUAACUUUGGACUUUGGAGUGGACUAAGAGGGUGAUUUGAGGCAGCCGAUAUCUCUCUUUAACAACAGUAAAGUGUCUUAAUUAGAUCAAUGAAUAAUAAACUGAUUUAUAUUAUUGUAACCUCUCUGCUAUGUCAAGGCCCUUCUCCUUUACAAGUGUAAUCAUAUAAAUAGGGAAAAACUACAAUAGGAGUUAUGCAUGUCCUUUUCCUUGUACGCAUUUCAACAACAGGACCAUUGUUUGUGUUUGUGUCGAGGGCUUUCAGAAGAACAAAUGCAUAAAUACAGAAGUCCUGCUCAUUCGUGCAGUCGCAGUUGAUCUGUGUUAUAAGCACUCAGUUUCCUCCCUCCUGAGAUGGGCACUCCCGUGAACCCGGAAGAGGGAAGAAGAGACACUUCUGUUUUAUUUGUGACCUACUUAGUUAAAUGGAGUCCAGAAACAAGAGUGGUACUACAUCCCAGAUGCCUUCACAGACUUCUUCUCCUCGACCCAUUCCCUGCACAGGAAGUGAUGUCAUACAGGAAAAGUUUAAGUGUGUUUAAACAAAGAUUGUCUAUUAUAUUGACAAGAUAUUCAAGUGACUGCUCUAACAAUGGAAAUACAUGUCCUCAAAGAUGGAAGGUAGGCAGAACGCGGCGAGAUCAGGUGAGACCAUUCUAGCCAAUGAGAGAGUAGAUAAGUGUGUGAACAACAGGCCAUAGAGAUAGAUAGAAGAGUCAUGUAUUUGUGCAAUCAUAGCGUCUGUACCAGCAUGGGCAGCGCCAUUGAAGCAAUCUACAUUUUAAAGUAGUCAUUUAUUUUUUAGAGAAGAAAAUAACAUCCGUGGGCGUGGAGUAAGCGUUCAGCUGGAGCAAAGAGUUUGAGGCAACCCAACUCAUAGGAAUCCCCACCCAGUUGAUUACUGUCAAAUGGUGAAAGCCCUCAAUGGCAAUGUCCAUACUAAUAUCCAUGAUGAGGCUAUCUCCGACAACAGGCACAACUCUGAUAUAAAGUUGUUUUUGCGUAGCUUGCAUUCUAACCAUUAUGAAACGUCUAUUCAAUCAAAUAAGCGUCACGUAGCAAAUGAUCAAUUCUAUUUUUUGUUGAUCAAAUUCGAUACAAAAUUCCUCACUUCAUUGGUUUAUUUUCGGGGACAUAUUUUUUCUUCGCUUCUUCCUCUUUUGGAUUAAAGGGUUUGGUUGCUUGUUUUUUAUUAAGGCCAUUAAGAGAUGAAUGAUGCAACGUUGCGUUCUCAGCCAUCAACUCAUCACAAUAAAAGGCAGACUAGACUGUUGUAAAAAAAAUGUGUACUAGCAAUACCAAGAGCAGAACUGUAAAGGUCUUUUAAUCAUGUCUAAAUAUGGACUGCAAGCAUUUAAAGCUUUGUGGAAUAUUACAUUUAAUGUCAUAUUUCCUUUCCCAUUCAAUCAAAAUAUCCUUAUCUGCCUCUGGCCAUGUGCGGGGUAUGAGUUGUUUGUGCAGAUUACGGCCCUAGUGUUCCCCUGAUGUUCCUGUGUGGGUUACUGUGAAGUAAGCUUGAUAGUGCUGUGUUACUAAUUGUGGGAUGAUGUUUACUUUGUUUUCAAAUCUGGCGCCUACUGGAGCACUGUGUAAAGGCAUUUAUCACCGUAGGUACACAUCCUCUUUACACACACACACACACACACACACACACACAAAUGGCAUUCAUUCUUCACCACAUUGGACUACAGUGGCUGACUGAGUCUGAACAUGGUUCUCAAAUAAGGUAUAUUCAACACUUGUUUUUAAGAGUUAUGUUUCAUUUUAUCACUUGGGGGAGUACAGUCUUACUAGAUGGGAGAGGCAAGAACUUGUACAGUGGGUUGUAUAGUGUAAAGCCAGCUUUAAAAAUACGUAUUGCUUUCCGUUCAGUCUAACAUAGUCACUACUGUAAGACUCACACACACCUUUUUAUCAGAUUCAGUCUAUUUCAGUGAGCAACUACCUCACUAUUUGACUGCUGCAUCUAUUCAGAUCAAGGUGUUCUUUCUAUAAGCAGGUUACUGUUUCAGUACGUACAGGUUGCUCCAUUCUUAAUGAUUGUGAAACGAUAGCUGCAUUUAUACCUGGUUCUAGCUUUGUCCUGAUCUUGUCCACGUUCUGUUUGUGCCCACAUUUUUUAGAUGGGUAGAAAGUCAAAAGACACAUUGUGAUCAUAUCAUCCUGUCCACCUCUGGUAGUCAGACACACAUUGUGUCUGGGUAUCUUACAAGUGUAGACAGAUCUGGACAGAGAAACCAUUUAAAUCAUAAUUUUUCCCGCCCUAUAAAAUCAUUGACAGGUGGCACCGUUGACUGAUUACAUCAAUAUGUGUCCAACAAUAAAUAAAUGAAUAGCAUUUUGAAAAAAUUGUUGUGAAAUCAUUUACAUAAAGGAAGGGACCAGAACAUUUGGUCACAAUGCAGACACAGGGGACAGGUAACAGACAUAUUUUAAUGCCAUGUGUCGACACAUUUCUGGAAAUAUGGGCCCAAUCAGAAUGUAGACAAGAUCAGAACAAAGGACUCAUGUCAGCACCAGGUAUCAAUGGGGCUUAGAGCAUCCAUCACCUGAUCUGCUUUCAUGGCAUCAUGAUUUUGUUUUUAAAUAUAUGAUUAUAUGAUCAGUAAUUCAUAUUUGACAGCAACUGUGGGUGUGAGAUUGUUAAAUAAUUGUGUCUUUGAAGAGUGGGUUUAUUGUGUUCUGAUCUCUACCGGUGGUUGUGGAUUGUUAUAGUUGCUAGGAUUCUCCCAUAUGGAACCUGUUCCUGGGGACAACCUGACAUGCAUCGUGUCUUUGUUGUUUAUCAUCACAAUGUAAAAGGUUCUCAGUUUUCUCUGCUGAAUACUACCGCACUGUUUAUUGGUUGUUCUAUUGUUAUUAUUAUGUUGUGUAGGCCAUGCCAAGCUCCUAUCAGGAGUGAUUAAUUGAUUCAAUGAUUUACAGACUAUUUGAAAACUCACUAAAUGAUACAUGGGAAAGUAUGUUCAUUCAUAUAUGAGACAUGUUUAUUUAUUGUGCUUUAUUUAAUGUACUUUAUUGUACUAUUGUACAAGCCAAUUGUACUCACAUAUGACGACUCAAAAAUAAUUGUACUUUUAAAUUACUUACUUGCAAAACCCUACACAAAAAAAACAAAAAUGCAGACAGACCAUCACAAAUAGUUUUUAAACAGUUAUAUUAGUAAUUCUUCACAUACCUCAAUCACAUCACUGUCAAAAUGGGUCACAACCAAGUCACUCAGCUCCCCUUGCUCUGUGAGAGACCGUUCUUUUCUUUAAUCUGCCUUUAAGAGUGGAAAGGGCAGUAAUAGGGAGUCGUUAACGGAGCGAUCCAGCCUUCAUCAGCCAUUAGAAAUCUGACAACACACAUGUCAAAGCCUUGAAGGACAAAGGCCCGAUCUAUAACAAACAGCAUGACAAGGCAAGAACAUCAUGUUAAUAUGAGGAUGUGCUUCUUUUGAUUUAGUAGACUCUAUCUUGAUUAAAUGUAAACAAAAACAUGAGCAGGCCAAAACAGACGCGUUUUUUGUUCUGGAGGCACUAGUGGUCACUAGCUGGCACAGUCACAAAGUCAUACAAUCAGAUUUGAAUCCUAACCAUCAUUUUUGUUUUUAUGGAUUUUUACAAUGAAGACAAUUUUGCAGCUGGCCCAUCUAGAGGAAAUCUCUCAGUUCUGCCUCCAGGGCAAUAUUCAUGACAAAAAACAUCAACCUGUGAAACAUACACCCCAAAUAUGUUUCUUCGGGUACUGCAAGUAAUAAAUAUACAGUAAAAACAGAGAAUUAAGUAACCUUCCCCUACACACACGUGCACAUACUGUACACACACACACACACAACUAUGAGGUCAUUCCCACAGACAUGCUAUUUUCACUUGACUGGAAUGCAGCAUUGAAAGCCAACAAAAACAUGUACUAUUUUGCUGUGAUAAAACUGUGAUGAUAACAUAAAGCAGAGAUACCUGUAGCUUAUCAACUGGUCACGCAACAAGAUCUGGGUCAAUGUAAUAUGCUUUCAUAGAGCCGCCUGCGGUUAGGAAAUCUGUUCCCAAGUAUUCCCAAGCAUAACUAGAGAGGCAUAUGUGAUCGUAUCCCAAUGUAAUCAAGGUUUGAAAUGAUUCUGUUUUUGUCAAAUACUAAAUCUGUUUGGGCUUCUUUGGGUAAAUUUGCAGUGUACAAAUUAUUUAUGACUAUGUUCCAGCCUCUCGACCAUUCACUCAAGAAUAAAUUGUCCUGUGUCUGAUGUAAUUAAGGACCCCUGAUGUAUGGUGUAUAUAGAUAGGCUGUAAAUAGGUAUGCUGUAGGCCUUUGUUUGACACAAGUGGUCAGCAUGUACUGUAGAUAUGAUGAAAUUGGGUCAUAACAGUCUGGACAAAACAAUUACUAUUAUAAUUUUACAUUGUUAUUCUUGAAUUUCUUCAGAUGGGUGCUUUAGAUAGGCUUCAUGUAAGACCUACUGUUAAGUACAACAAUACAUCCCCUGCACUGACACCCCAACCCCAGAUGAACAGUAAUAUCCCUUCUGUGUCGCUGCAAUGAAUCUCACAACAUUAGCCAGUGUCACGUCCUGACCUUAGUUCCUUUUUUAUGUCUCUAUUUUGGUUUGGUCAGGGCGUGAGUUGGGGUGGGAAUUCUAUGUUUUUCAUUCUAUGUGUUGUUCUGUGUGUUGUAGUUCUAUGUGUUUGGCCUGGUAUGGUUCCCAAUCAGAGGCAGCUGUCAAUCAUUGUCUCUGAUUGAGAACCAUACUUAGGUAGCCUGUUCCCACCUGUGUUUGUGGGUAGUUGUUUUCUGUUUUUGUAUUCUGUAUUCUUUUGUUGUUUUUCCAUUCAGUGUUCAAUUCAUAAUAAAAGAUGAACACGUA